GUCCACCGAGAAUGAAGGUCAUCUGUUCUCACAAGAAGUUAAACUUGAAAUUUAAGGUUUCAGUCGCGAUCGCCGCCGAUGCAUAUUAUCCCUUAGCUUACAACGACCACCUCCUCCGCCACCGCACCAGGGCCGCCGGCGGGCACCGCACCAGGGGGGGCAGCCGCCACAUCCCCUACCUGAACUGCCUGAGCUGGCGGCUGGGAGUGGAGGCCAACAACAUACGCGACUGGGCCAGGGUGCCCCGCUUAUGCGAAGGCUACAUCGGCCACUAUAUGCUGGGGCGGCAGUACCGCGACGACUGCACCGCCGUGGCCGCCUCCGCCAUACGGUACGCGACCGCCGUGGAACUUGUGCACGACGGCAAGGACGUUUGGGUGUUUGAUAUCGACGAGACCGCUCUCUCCAAUCUCCCUUACUACGCCCGAGUAGAAGUUGGAUUCGGAAUACGACGAUGCAACGCGACGAAAUUUGAAGAGUGGAUCAGAGACGGAAAAGCGCCGGCGAUGCAGGAAACUCUCCGGCUGUAUAACAGUGUACUCGCUCUGGGGAUGAAGCCUGUGUUCAUUUCAGAAACCAAAGAACAAUUCCGAUCAGCCAGGAUUUCCAAUCUGCGUAAAGCUGGUUUUAGAGCCUGGGAGAUGCUCAUCCUAAGGGGAGCAAACGACACGGAGCGGCCGAUGAUGGAUUACAAGUCGGAGAAGAGGACGGAGUUGGUGGCGCGAGGGUACAGAAUCGUCGGAAACGUUGGAGAUCAAUGGAGUGAUUUGCUUGGGGAAAACGUUGGAUUGCGUACUUUCAAGAUGCCGGAUCCCAUGUACUACGUUAGUUGAAUCAUAUGAGGCUAUGAGGGUUAACCUUUUUUAGAAAAUGAAUUUAGAGUUAGUGACCAUCCAAAAUUGUCUAUUCAACUGAAAUUAUUAAUUUCCUUCUCGAA